UAUACUCUCUUUUUUUUUUUUUUUUUUUCCAUGAAUAAAACUGGGCUAGUGCGGUUCCAGAAUCCAGCGCUCAUGACUCGUGUACAUUCUGUAUUAAUUAAUUAAUUUGUUGCGUUUGUUUUAAAAAUUUUAAAAUAAUUAAUAUAACUAGUGCCAAAAUAAUAUAGUUUAAAAAUAUUUAAAAAAAAACAGUGAUAUAUUAAAGUGAUUAAAUGUGCUGCUGUGAAGUUUCCAUCAUCAACGGAUAACACUUUCAAAGGAAUAAACAAAUUAAUAAAUAAAUAGAUACCAAAGAGUAUCUAAAAAUUAAAGAAAAAAUGAACAAGACGUGUGCAAGAUGCGAGAAAACGGUUUAUCCGAUCGAGGAGCUUAAAUGUCUGGACAAGACUUGGCACAAACAAUGCUUCAAGUGCUUCGAAUGUGGAAUGACCUUGAAUAUGCGAACAUACAAGGGAUUUAAUAAACAGCCAUUCUGUGAAGCACAUAUACCAAAGGCAAAAGCAACAACAAUGGCAGAAACACCAGAAUUAAAACGUAUAGCUGAAAAUACAAAAAUUCAAAGUAAUGUUAAAUAUCAUGCAGAAUUUGAAAAAGCUAAGGGUAAAUUUACUCAAGUUGCUGAUGAUCCUGAAACAUUGAGAAUUAAACAAAAUAGCAAGAUAAUAUCAAAUGUUGCUUAUCAUGGUGAAUUACAAAAAAAAGCUAUAAUGGAACAAAAGAGAACAAUAUCCGGUGAAAAUGGUGAACAAAUAGAGUAUGUUGAAUUUACGGAUGGUACAAUAUCACCAGCAACUCGAAUAAAUCAAAAUGCAAAUAUAAAUGCAAAUAUUAAUGCAAAUGUUAAUGUUAAUGCAAAUGCAAAUACACCACAAGUUGUUAGAACAGCAAGUCCUGUACAAAGAACACCUGGUAGAAUUGCUGAUUAUGAUCCACUAACAGAAACAAGACCUAGUCCUUAUUCUAGUAGUAGACAAGGAGCAACAACAGUCAUUUAUACAAGUGACAAGGGUGCAGUCACAAAUCCACCAACAAGGAAAAUUGGAUCUGUUGCUGAUAUUGAUCCAGUCAAUGAAUAUUAUGGAUCAUUAACACCAUCAAUGAAUAAUAAUAAUAGUUAUAAUAAUAGUAAUAAUAUUAAUAAUAAUAUUAAUAAUCAUAUGCCUCAACAUCAGCAACCAUUACCACCACCACCACCACCUGCAAAUACACUGCGAGUAUAUCGAGCUCUUUAUGAUUAUGAAGCACAAGAUGUUGAUGAGGUAAGCUUUUCUGAUGGUGAUUUAAUUGUAAAUUGCACAGCAAUUGAUGAAGGCUGGAUGACUGGAGUUGUUCAACGAACUGGUCGUCAUGGAAUGCUACCAGCAAAUUAUGUUGAACCUGCACAUAUCUAAUAAAACCAUUAGCCCCAUAGGCAAAUAAUAUUUUUAUUCUUUAUUAGUAUUUUUUUUUUUGUUUGUUUUUUAUUUAUCACUUUUUGUUUUUUUAAUUUUCUCUUCUUGAAAUUAUUAUUUUUUAUCAACCCAAGUACCUAGGGUUUUAUAUUACUUACAUGAAAAAAAAAAGAAAAACAAAUUCAAAUAAUAAAUAUAAAAUAAAUGGGCAUAAAGUUUGAUUGAAUAAUUUUUUUUUUUAAUAAAUAAUCAAACAUAUUUUUUUAAUAUCUUUUUAUAAAUAAAAGUGCCUUAAAUUAUUUGAUAACUUUAUGUCCAAUUAUUUCACUUAUUAAAUUCAUUCCACAAUUAACAGUUUAUAUAGAUUUCCAUAUUUUUUUAAUUAAAAACUUAUUCCAUGUUAUAUAGAUAAAAAGAAAAAUUAAAAAUUAAAGUCUUCCGCUUGUUUAAUUUGAUUUUAAUAUUGCAAGACAAAUUGUAUAAUAAUUUAUUCAGUAAUAAUCAGUUCAAAAAAAAAAAAAAAUAAUGAGAAAAUAUAUUUGACAAAAUGACUGCGAAUAAAAAAAUAAUACAUUUCACUAUUAAUUAAACAAGUGAAAUAUUAAGACUCUUAGAUUUUAAACGAGAUUUAUAAAUUGUUGACUAAAAAAAAGUACAGUGCAUUGAUAUGUUUUUUGUUUUUUUUUUCUUCUUUUUUUUUUUCAAUAUCAAUGACACAAUCAAUGAGUGUCUUGAAUAACAAGUGCCUAUUCUGAAUUAUUAUCAGCAGAUUAUAGAUAAUAAAGCUCCUAAUAAUUCCAAGACAUAAUAUUUUUAUAAAAAAUGUUAUUAAAUAUGAUAUACUUGAACAU